AUGCACAUACUUACCCUUGCCAUACACUCACACACAAACCAUAUCUCAAUAGCGCGCCGAAAGAACAGCUGCCCUAUAAUAGGCUUAACCCCUUGGAAGGAGACUGCCCCGGAAGCCGUCUGUGCGCCGUCAUCUGAUGUGCUCAAUCUGUUUGGUGACAGUCAAAUUUUGCUCAAUGCUCUGGAGGCUUCGCAACCCCCCUCCGCACGCAUGGCCAUGUCUUCCGACCGUUUCAACACUGAAGACCUCAACGAGCCUCCUACAACAACCGCUUCGAGUGCCGUGCCCGCCCAAACCACUCGUGACCGCAGACACUCACAAGCGGGUUAUCCCAAAGCGCAGCAAGUCACCCCUGCGGCACGUGCGCACUCAGGGCCAAGUAGCGCGCGUCGGUCGGCUACAGUCAAGGGGUGGCAGAAACCACAGUACAAGCUGGAGUCUGGCUCAGAGGGAGAUACACACGACUGUGAGCAGACGCUGAGUGAGGAGGCGCUCGCAUCCAGAGAUACGCUUGACUCGGGGUUUAUGUCGCAGAGCAAAUGCUCUACAUUUAGCAAGAGUGAUGAUGAACUGGCCAGGAAAGUCAAUACCAGCACUCGACAGAUGCAG